AUGGAGUUUCCCGCCUUCACUACUUUCCGGCCAUCUUCUCCCUUCCCUUAUCCUCCCAACAGUCCCCUCCUCUCCUCCAAAUGCUCGUUCCGUCGCCGCAGACAAUUCAACUUCCGGCGAAGCACUUGCCGCUGCAAGCUGUCAUCACUUCGAGUAACGGCGACCGCGGCAAGCAACAGCGGACCUGCCGAUGUGGACAGCGAAGUGAAUUGCGACGAGUUUUGGGGGAACUCCGAGUUCGUCGAAGUCGUCGGCAUCGGAAGCCGCAACGACGCCGUUUUCGACUUCUGUAUGGAAUCGCCGUUCCGGUUUUCGUCUCUGCGAUUCUGGAAUAUUGUGAUUAGGGACUCAAUGAAGGCGCAAUUACAACGGCGGAUCGUCGGAAAAGAUGUGGCUCCAAUGGUGUUUGAAGCGCCGAUGUCUUCAAAGUCGUGCGCAAAGGCUGUUAUACUUGUGGCAAGUGCGGGAUACGGCUUGGAUCUCAUUACCGCGAUUGAUAUACUCAAAACGAUAAGAUCUGCAAAUGGAUUUGUGGUUACUAUUAUAAUGAAACCAUUCAGCUUUGAAGGACAGAGGCGCCAAGAUGAGGCGAAAAAUCUCAUGGAAAAACUUCAGGAGCACACAAAUUUACUUAUUGGUCUUGAUACUGAUAUGUUACUGAAAAAGGACUUGGUAACUUUGGAUGAGGCCGUCAAGACUGCAAAUAAUGCUGUUUUAAUGGCAAUAGCUGCUGUAUCUGUUCUAACAUCUGAUAUACACAGAAAGUUUAUUGAUGCAUCCCAUUAUGAUGUGAAAGAAAUCGAAGUUUCAGAAGUUGUGCAAGUUCUGGAAAGAUUUAAAGAAGCAAAAAUUGGAUUCGGUGCUGGCUACAACAUCAAAACUUCAAUUUUACGAUCCAUGUAUGACUGCCCUUUCCUGAGUGUGGGUGUAAAGGACUUGGAUGGAAUGGUUAUAUGCAUUGUUGCAAGUUCAGGUGCUAUUGAUAACAGCGAUGUACAGGAAACUUUGCGUACUUUUCGUCAAACUACAGAAUACGAAGGAGAAAUCUUAAUCUCUACAAUUCGUGAACCCAGUCUAGAGCCCAACUUGCUAGUCACAACAGUUUUUAUCUUAGGUUUUGCUGAAAAGCAGGUUUCUCAGAAAAGUAGCAUCUUGUCUGGACUGGCUCAGCAUUUUCCGUUCUUUUUCAAUCUAUUUAGUAGACACCAAUCGCAAAUAAAUGACACUCAGGAAAGUCCAUCACUUCAAAAUGCCAUUUCUGAAGAGAUAGAUUCACCAGAUUCUGGUGAGCUGGGAAAGAUAAAUGGUGUUGAUGUUAAAGCUGAAGAUUUUAAUAAUUAUUUUGAAGAACCUCAGACCGAAACUAACAGAAACUACAAUGAACUCCACAAUUCCAGUAGUGGAUCUGAGCAAGCUGAUAUUAAAUCGUCUGGUUUAUAUGAUCCAAUCACUGAAGAAACUCAUGCUUUCCAAAGGCAACCGCUUGUUAGUUGGAACUUGGGGCAUGAUUAUCAGAUUGCAAAGGAUUGGGGGAAAGAGAAGGGUGUUGAAGAUGGAGCUACUCUGAUGCUUGAUAACAUGAGUAUCUUCUGCCUUCCAGUUGGUGUGAGGUCUCCAGAAGAGUUGAAGGACAAUGAUUCAUUUCCAACACAAAAGUUGGAAAAGAAAAGUAAGGAUGAUGUCAAAGUACAACCAGCUGCGAAUCUAAGCAUGUCUUCUUGGAGUCCAUUGAAUGACACAAGUCUUGAGGCAGUGAAAGAAUUUUAUAAUUCGACAUCAGCUCUUGUUAAAGGAAAAGAUGCUGAAAAUCCCAAGCAAGGGAAUCUCUCUGCCCGUGCAGCAUCCAUGCUGGAAGCAGAACGGGAUUCACCAAAAAAGUGGAGUCCUAUGGUGGAGAUGCAAUACAGAGGAGGGAUUUACAAAGGAAGAUGUCAAGGAGGUCUUCCUGAAGGAAAGGGUCGUUUAGUUCUUGGAGAUGGAAGCAUCUAUGAUGGUAUGUGGCGCUAUGGAAAAAGAUCAGGUAUGGGUAAAUUCUACUUCAGUAAUGGGGAUGCGUUCCAGGGAUCAUGGAGGGAUGAUUUCAUACAUGGCAAGGGUUGGGUUUAUUUUCACACUGGGGACCGAUGGUUUGCAAACUUCUGGAAAGGAAAGGCCAAUGGUGAAAGUCGCUUUUAUUCAAAGUCUGGUGAUGUCUUCUUUGGCAAUUUCCAAGAUGGUUGGCGACAUGGCCAGUUCAUUUGCAUCGAUGUUGAUGGAACAAGGUGUAUUGAGAACUGGGAUCUAGGUGUUCUUGUAAGCCGUAAGCUGGACUGUGAUAUUGGUGAUGAUGGUUAAAGUCUUGUAAUUAUCUUGUAAAUUCACUAAAUUGCAUUACCUUAUCCUAUCUGUGUAUUUCACCUUUAAGGGCAGGUGUAGGUUUUAAAUUCAUUGGCAUUCUGUAUCUAUCCACAGCUUCUGUAUUGGAGUCUUAUUUGUUUUGGUCUGAUGUAAGCUACGAGGGUAGCCCCUAUGAAAUU